ACACACAACCAGUUUGUCCAUUGACAUUGCUUCAGAAAGUUGUUUCUUGUUAAUAAAAAGAAAGCACAUCAGUCACAAAUUUCUUGAAAUCAUGUGGUGUUUUAAACACGCGAAUCCUCCUGUGGCAGUGCUUAAGCAAAUGGGGAUGCUCAGCUGCACAGCUUAAAAUUUAAAAAGAACAGCUUCCUUGUGAAAAUAAAAGGAGAUCUUCAUAAUGAAUGGUCAUCUUUAGUAAUGCUUAAAGGUCAAACAUAGUACUUUCCUAAAUUGUAAUUCUGUAAUCUCACAGACUGUUUUAGCGUGAAGGUGGCUUACUGUUUGAAACAGCAAAAUAUAAUGAACCGUAACUUUAUACAGAUAUGUUUAAAUAUAUGUUAAUGCUAAAAUUUGACUUUAUAAGACCCUAAAAAACUUUUUGAGUUUUGGCAGUUUGGCCAAGAGAUGGAAAUAUAUCUUUCUUUCAUGCAAGCACUUAAAAACACAUGUAACAUGCCACUUUAUAGCCUCUGCAUUCUCAAGUUCCAGACAAUCCUCAUCCCCACAUUUAAAGUGGGUUUCUUUACUUCUCUCAUCCAGAGUCUUCUGUAAGGGUAAGUCGUUGCCAAAGCCCCAGAGUAGAUAAUAUAUCCAAGAGGAACAUCACUUGUUCCAUUUGAAAGUAAACAGUGGAAAAUAAAUGAAAUUAUUAAUAGGGCUCAGUCUUUGAGCCAUAAUUUUAGCCAGAAAAAUCUGUUCUCUUCUGUGCUGGUUGCAUGUUGUGCUGAAUCAGUAUUUCUCAUUUCUGACAGAAGACACCUUCAAAGAAUAUGGAAACUCUAUAAAGUGUUAUUUUUGUGUUUCAAAGUUUCUUAAAUUAUGUGUUCAGUAGUGAUGUAGCAUUUAUCAAUAUACACAGCUAACCACUGCUUCUUAAUACAACUUUCCACCUCACUGGCCCUUUUAGAACCCUCAGUUGGCCAAACAGCUUCCACUGGUAGUUUUCUAGAAUUAAGGAGCUUGGGGAACAAGUUGAAGAAAAGCCAGACCCAAAUUGCUUUCACUGAAAGAGUCUGUAUGAUUGUUUUCUGGAAAGAAGAAGGUAUAAAGUAGCUGAAACAUAUUCAAGAAAGAAGAUUUUGCCUCAAAAACCACACAAGAUAAGCCCUUGUGUAGCUUUGGCUGAUAUCCUAAACUAAAGCUAUUUAAAAGGGUUUUUUUCUGAGUGGCAUGAGAAAUGAAGAGUAAUAUGGUUAAAAUGGAUCUCCCUUACAGAAGUUACACGAAAGGUGAAAGUUUCAUUCGGUUUAAAUCAAGUCAUCCUGGUGUCAUUAGAAAGCUCCGAGUUCAGCCUUGUGGAAGGGUUUAAAGGCAGCACUUGGGCAAUAAUCGGAUUAGGAGGACUUGCAUAGCUCCAUGGGCUGAAAAAGAGAUAAAAGAAAGCAGAGUUCCAGCUUGCCCAAAGAAAGGCAGUGAGCUGUGUGGGGCACGAUCAACACACGGUUCUGAGGCUUGGAUUUUGACAAUUCCCUAAAGUAGGGAUGCCUGUGGAUUUCAAUGGGUACUGGAAAAUGGUCAGCAAUGACAAUUUUGAGGAGUAUCUGAAAGCACUGGAUGUAAAUGUUGCCGUAAGAAAAAUAGCAAACUUGGUAAAGCCUGACAAAGAAAUCCUUCAGGACGGGGAUCAUAUGAUCAUUAAAACUCUAAGCACUUUUAGAAACUACAUCAUGGAAUUUGAUAUAGGAAAGGAGUUUGAGGAGGAUUUAUCUGGGGUGGAUGAUCGCAAAUGCAUGACCACUGUAUCUUGGGAUGGAGAUAAACUUCUUUGUGUACAGAAUGGAGAAAAAGAAGGUCGUGGUUGGACCCAGUGGAUUGAAGGAGAUAAAAUGCACCUGGAAAUAAGAGCAUGUGGAGUAAUGUGUAAGCAGGUCUUUAAGAAGGUACAGUGAGCCUACUGCUGAUACAGAAGUGAAGAACAGUAGAAUCUACAGACUUACCACCAAAUCUCCAAAUGCUAGUACUGAACAUCAUCAGUGACAAGAGCAAACACAGAAAUGAAGAUCACAUUAGAAAUGUAUAAUUAGAAUAAAAUAUUUUUAAGAAAUAACUUUGAAAAACUGACUGCAAAUAAAAGUAUUUUUAGAAAUGCCAAUAAAGAUACUAAAUGCUA